UGUAGGCGGCUGGUGAGAAUCCGUAUAUAAAGGACGGCUCAGCUCCACAUCAAACCAUCAGUUCCUUCUCUGAAGCGUUCGACUCAUCUUCUCCCAACACAAUGAACAAAUUCAUCGUUUUAGCUGCUUUGAUCGCAUUGGCUGUCGCCAAGCCGCAAGGCUAUGGCUCAGCAGCCGGACAACAACAGCAGGGUUACGGUGGCCAAGCUGGCCAGCAACAGCAGCAGCAACAGGGUUACGGAGCUCAGUCCGGUGCCUCUCAACAAGGUUAUGGUGGUGCUCAGGCCUCAGCUAGCGCAGGAUCUGGACAGGGUUACGGCGCUCAAGGAGGCGCUGCCCAGCAGCAACAAGGUUAUGGUGGCGCUCAGGCUGGAGGUGCUGGCGGAGCCGCAUCAUAUGGCGGUGCAUCCAGCGGCCAGAAACCAACCAACACCUACAACGGAAACGGCAACGGCAACUCUAAGCCUUCUGCAUCCGCUUCAUCCUACGAACAGGAGCAACCCCCGAUGCCCUACGAAUUCGCCUGGGCCGUCAAGGAUGAGCCAACCAAGAACGACUACGCCCAUGAAGCCAAGAGCGACGGCAAAGUUGUGAUCGGAUCCUACCGCGUUCUUCUCCCCGAUGGCCGCACUCAGAUCGUUUCCUACCGCGCCGACGAAAAUGGUUACGUCGCUGACGUGAAAUACGAAGGCGAAGCUCAAUUCCCCGCACCAUCCGGAGGCAACGGCAACUACGGAGCCGGAGCUGGAGCUGGAAAUGGCGGUAACAGCUACGGAGCCGGAGCUGGAGCUGGAAAUGGCGGUAACAGCUACGGAGCUGGAGCAUCAGCUGGAAAUGGUGGCAACGGCAACUACGGAGCCGGAGCGUCAGCUGGAGCUGGAAACGGUGGAAACAGCUACGGCAGCAGUGGAAAUGGAAAUGGCAGCAGCGGAUAUGGCAGCAGUGCUGGAAACGGUGGCGCCAGGCCCAGCGGUGCCAUCGGCGGCAACAGCUACGGCAACGGCAAUGGCAACAAGCCCAGCUCUUCCUAUUAAAAUAAAAGCUUAUAAUUGUCGUGACUUCUGUAUUGUAAAAAUAUCGCUGUCACAGCUCUAAUUAUUUUUGUAUGAAACUAUAUAAAUCACGAUGAAAUUGAAAUACAUUUAGCUAAUUUACCUACAA